AUGGAAUACGAACAGUCGACAACAUCGUCCAACACAUCUGGAUAUAGUGAUGGUCUUAAUUCGUCAUCUUCUGAUGAUGCAGAUGUAUUUAAUCAUUUAGGAUCUCAAAAGCAUUCAGAGAAUGGUAAUGACUCUUCAACUGGUGAAGAUUCACCAGCAAUGAAACUCUUAUGGAAAUUCGAUAAAUACUAUUCAGUGUGCGGUCUGAAUCUCUUUUUCGGACCGCUUGAUGAUGCUCUUAUGACUGCAUUAACCGACUCUAUACCUCUAAUUCUAUUACUACAUAAUGACAAAAGCGUUGCUGCCAAUAUUUUCUGUAGGAAUGUCCUACGUUUCCCUAAGAUACGUGAUUAUUUGGCAGAAAAAUUCAUUGUAUGGGGAUGGGAUCGGACAAAUGACAACAAUGAUGAUCAGUUCGAAAAUAUGCUCAAGAGUCAGAUAGGCGAUCAAAUUACAGCAUCUAUCAUGCGAGUUGCCGUUGAUUCUUAUCCAUUACUUCUGUGCAUCACGUUGCAGCAUGGACAACUACAAAUUAUAGGCAAAAUUAGUGGUACAAUGUCAUGUAACGAAGUAUAUCAGAAACUUUUGAGCGCUCAUGAUAAAUUCGAUCGUCGUAUUGAGACAUUCAAUAUGUCGAAAGAUAGCUCUUUGGUAUUCAAUGAUUUUUUAACAAUUCUGUUAGAAGAUUCAAUCGAAUAUGAUGAAAUAGCGAAUAAAUUGGCCAUUGCACAUAGACGAAUCUUACGCAUUUAUAACAUUGAUGUUCCUGAUUGGUCUAUAGAUUAUACACAUCAGAAAGCCAUAAUUGAUGCUCGAAUUGCUGCUGAUAAUAUAAUCCAACAUGGAUUCGAUCAUGACCUUAUUGGUCAACAUGGAACAUCAUUCGGUCAUGGAUUUUAUUUUUCUUCAUGUUCUACUACCUGCCAAGACUAUGCAAAAGCAGAUCCACCGAUUAAUGGACGCGCAAUACUUAUAUGUCAUGUAAUUGUUGGUGAAAGUCGUAUUGGUAAUUCAAGCAUGCGAAAAUGCCCAGAUGGUUAUGAUUCAACAACUGAUGGCUUACAUACUACCUAUGUGGUUUAUUCAAAUGAACAGAUCUUACCGAAAUAUUUAGUUAUCUACGAAUAG